GGCAAAUGGACUCCGUCUCCUCCAAGACCGGAUAGGUUGGUUGGUCUCGCCCCUCUCCCUCUCCCUCUCCCUCUCGCUCUCCCGAUCUCUCAUACCCCAAUCCGAUUAUCCGAUCUAGUCUCUGGUGCCGGCGCCCUCCAAUCCUCGAACCCUGGGUUCUUCGUUCGGUUCUUCUCCUCUCCGGCGACCCGAUCUCGGUACUGAAGCUCCUUUAUUACAAUGGCGGCCUUAAAAGCUUUUUGGAACAGCCCUGUGGGCCCCAAGACAACUCAUUUCUGGGGACCUGUUGCCAAUUUCAGCUUCGUUGUGGCUGGUUUGGUCGAUACGCAGAAACCUCCAGAAAUGAUCUCUGGCAACAUGACUGCAGUCAUGUGUGUGUAUUCAGGACUCUUCAUGAGGUUUGCAUGGAUGGUGCAGCCACGAAAUUACCUGCUUCUAGCUUGCCAUACCUCUAAUGAAUCUGUUCAGCUUUAUCAGCUAUCUCGUUGGGCAAAGGCCCAAGGAUACUGGGAUAAGAAAGAGACAGAGUUGCAGAAGUAACUUCUAUGAGGUUCUUCAAAAGUAUUUUAUUCAAAUCAGUAAAUGGAUGAUGUGUAACUCAAGCUUCAUAUUGGUGAAUCAGCACUGGAAUCUUUCAUGUGAACCAUUAUUGCAUGAGAAUUGCCCCCUGAAAGUGUCAUUUUAUCCAGACAUCACAAUGGAUUCCAAUUUACUCAUACAUAAUGAUUAAGUUUUCUUUCUUCUGGAAUAUUAAUGAAUCACUUGGAUUUCCAAUUUCUAG